AUGCCUUUCAACCAACUGAAGAGAUUGGACACAGCUCGUUGGCCUCCCGGUUAUCCGCACACUCCUUCCCUCGCUCCCCAGGCUCUCGCAACUCGUCCCAAAGCUGCCUCCUCCCCUCCCCCCGCACCCACCCCUCCACCCGCCCACACCAUGUCUCCCGUGUAUUCGUACAACACCAAUCUCGCACUCUUCGUUUUCGCUACCGUGAUGUGGAGCAUGUCGCAGGUCGCCAAAGCGAAAGACGAGGAACCCGAGGUGUAG